ACCACUGGCAACACUACAUACAAAAAUAAACAAACAAUACGGCGUGUGAUUUUUUUGUUGUUAAAACGGAAUCAUUAUUUAGAUGUGAAAAGAAAAUUAAAAAUUUUAACACAAAACCGAUGACAACGUUACAAUGCUCCUAUUGUUCAUUGAACAUAAAUGAUGACGACUAUUUGCAUUGCGGAGAAUGUGGCGGUGAUGUGCAUGUGAAGUGUCUGAGACGCUCUAGACCAGGUGACUUAAUGGGUGAUGUCUUUUUUGAUUUUACCUGUGCCAAGUGUAUGCAAUUACACUACGAAGGACCAUCCACAUCUAGUGAGGUCAUCAAUGGAACACAUGAGAAAUAUGUGCGCCAACGUAUGCCUUGGCUAAUGGUCAUAACAUUAACGCUGUACAAUCUUUCAAUCAAAUCGAAGGGCUUAAGUCGUCAUGGAUAUUUCCAUUGGAGAACACACAUUGUCAAUUUCAUAGAUAAAAAUUGGGAUUAUUUAUUUGAUCCAACUAUUAAAAGACGUAAAAAAUGGACAGGAUCAAUAUCGGGUGCAUUGUCGCACAAUAGUCCCAAGUAUUUUACUUCUGGCCAGACACUUUUUGAAGAAACAGGAUGGUGGAAACUCACCCUUGACAACAAAACCCCAAAAUACAUUUUCAGUAUAUAUGAACAGCAAUGCUUGGAGCGCCAACAAAUACGCAACGAUAAACGCCAAAAAGAAGAAGACUAUGGAAGCGAUACAUCAAAUAAUGAACAGGAUUCGAAGCGUAUUAAAAGUGCCGACUCAGAGGACGAGCUAAUAACCAAGUACACAUGCAGUCGUAUGAUGCCUUACAUGGGUCGUAAACCAAAAGUGGCCAAACAAUUAGAUGUUUUAGACGACGAUCAUUUGUUAAACAAAAUAAACAACCCAAAUAACCUGUUACCGCUGGAAGACCCAUCAAUGCCACUGAACACCGUCCAGUCAAGUUUAAUGGAUUUCCUAGCCGAAAGUUUAGCCAGUGAUGACUUAAAUAUGUUCAAUAGUCUGCCAAAUAUUGCUCCCGAGCCAUUAGUUGAGUGUGCGGGAAAGAAUGAUAUGAUGCCAUUACUGGAGGCAAGUACGGAUAAUGCUAAUUUUCUUGAAAGCAUUCCGGCCUCGGUUAAAACUGGAUCAAUGGAUUUAAAUGGGCAUUUGUAUAGUGAUUUUAAUGUUCAGCUAUUACUUAACGAUAAAUUAAAUAGUUUCUUUACAAACACACAAUUUACACAACCCGAAACAGAGGCAACAUCAAAUAUUUAUACGGAAAAUUCCGAAAUUGGUUUUGGAAAAAAUAUCAAUGCUGCGGGAGCUGAUAUGUCACUUCAUCAUUCGCCUAUACAAGAUUCAGUUAAUUUCCAAAAUACCCAAAUUGAAACAUCUAAUUUUGAUACUGAAAACACAGAUUCAUCUAGUAUGGUAGCAAGUCUUACAUAUUCCGAAACAACAGAACAAAAACUUGAACAUCAUCCUCUGACACAAAAGCAAGAAGAAAAUAAUGAUGAAGAAGAAUCCGAUGAUGACAAUGAAGAAUUUCAACCACGCAUCGUUCAAGUUACAAAUUUCCAGCAACUGAUGAAUGAUGGUAGUGAAACUAAAACAGGCUCACAUAGUCCUAGGAAGCUUGGGAAAAUAAUAAAAGAAGAAAAAGAAAUAAGAUCGGAUGGCGAAUUAAACGAUAAUUCUAAAAUUGUUGAUGAAAAAACUCAAAUCAGUGAUGAUGAUGAGGAAGAUAACGAAGAUAGAUGUAAUGAUGAAGAUGUACAAUCACUAUUAAAAGACUGCAAACCUAGUUUAUUUACCAAGCAACCAAGGCGACAAUGGCCAUGGUUGGUGGAAAGACAUACAGGAGAUUCUGAUGAAGAGGAGAAACUAACUGAAGAUGGGUCAAAUGAAUCGCAACAAAAUAAUAUGGAUUUAACACGUAUGAGUGAAUACGAAGAGAAAGAACUGUUGCGAAAAUUGCGACGUAUCUUUUCAUUGGAAGACAAAUGUAAGAUUCGAAUACCAUCAUUUGUCCGGAGAUUUUAUCGAAAACUUUGCAUAAGGGAAUGGAAAAGAGCCCAUGGCAAACCCUUGUUUAAUUUGGAUGAUUUUGUUAAUGGUCGACAUUUGACCAAGGUACAAAAUGACAAAACAAGACAUAUAGAUCGCUAUCAGUUAAUUUCUUUGUCAUCAAAGGAUCAAAAACGUUCAUUUCAUGCUCGUAUUGCAGGGUCAUUCGAAUGUGAAUUCUUUGAAUCACCAUAUACUCAGAGGAUUUUACAUCCAUAUAUAUUUCGUAAUAGCAAAUAUUUUCCACCAUUUUUAAAACUUAUGUGUGAACUACAAUAUAAAGUCAAUAACAAAUAUCCAUCUCGUGCCCCCAUAGACUUUUGCUAUGUGCGGCCAAAUCAUAUAGCCGCUGUUAAUUCGUUAUUGCAAACAGAAUUUUGGCCAGGAAUUGAUAUGUCCGAAUGUUUGAGCUAUCCAGAUUACAGUGUAGUAGCUCUAUAUAAGAAACUUGUCAUUGGCUGUGGUUUCCUUGUGCCCGAUGUCGGUUUUAAUGAGGCUUAUAUAUCCUUCAUGGCCGUUAGACCCGGUUGGCGCCGUAGCGGCAUAGGAACGUUUAUGCUAUAUCAUUUAAUACAGACAUGUAUGACCAAAGAUAUAACGCUACACGUGUCUGCCACAAAUCCUGCAGUUGUACUCUAUCAAAAAUUUGGGUUUAAAAUGGAAGAAGUGGUAUUGAAUUUCUACGAUAAAUACUUACCAUUUGAGUCAAGAGACAGUCGACAUGCCUUAUUUUUAAGAUUAAUAAGAUAAUAGAAAAUUUUGUUUAAAAAACAAA